GAAACGCUAAUGGGAAGGAGGGGGGCGGACGCUGAUUUUAAGUGGUGUUAUUCUGUUUUGGCCUUACUGGGUUUGUCCACUCCUCUGGUAGCUCGUCUAUUGGCCCAAUCCAACAUCAAUCUGCUGAGUAACCAAGUCCCCCCUCAAGUUUGAAAGUUUUUUGUUUUUUUUUUUUACGAAGAGGAGAAGGACUCCGAUUACGCGAACAGCAGCAAACUUGUAACUGAUCUCACAGCCUGCGAGGGAAGAAAACACUAUUUUAAUAAUUCACAAAUCCGCGCCUGGUGGCUUUACGGUUACAGAACAGCAAAAGUGCAGUGAGAACUGGACGGGUUUUUUCUUUUUUAUAGCGGACAUCCAACAAAAAUAUGAGAAGCAUGUUGUGAAGCAACAAGGAUGAAGAGCUGAGCGACUCGGUUGAGAAUAAAGCUUGUCAACUCCUGCGUCUGACCGAAGGCUCUAGUUUGCCUGCUAAAAAAGAACAGGAGGUUACCAAGCCCUGCAAGAAAAUCAAAUCCCCAACUCCAUUCAGAAGGAAGGAGGAUGUUCUCUAGAAGUUUGGCAGACUCGACCAUGGACUCCUUCAGCACCAAGAGCCUGGCCCUCCAGGCACAGAAGAAGCUGAUGAGCAAGAUGGCCACCAAGAGCAUGGCCAACCUCUUCAUAGACGACACCAGCAGCGAAGUGCUGGACGAGCUGUACCGCGUCACCAAGGAGUACACACGCAACCGCAAAGAGUCCCAGAAGAUCAUCAAAAACCUAAUCAAGAUGGUGGUGAAACUGGGCGUGCUUUACAGAAACAACCAGUUCAACAGCGAGGAGCUGAUCCUGGUGGAAAACUUCAGGAAGAAAGUCCACACUCUGGCCAUGACCGCCGUCAGCUUCCACCAGAUCGAGUUCACCUUCGACCGCCGCGUCAUGAGCGGCAUCUUGAACGAGUGCCGCGAGCUGCUGCAUCAGGCCAUCCGCCGCCACCUGACCGCCAAGAGCCACUCGCGGGUCAAUCAUGUCUUCAAUCACUUCGCCGACUGCGACUUCCUGGCGGCUCUGUACGGGCCCGCCGAGGUUUACCGGACCCACCUGCAGAGGAUCUGCAGCGGGGUCAACAAGAUGCUCGACGAUGGGAACCUCUGACCUCCAGUCGCUGUACCUUUGCCUCAGCGCUUAUUGUUGGAUUUUGCUUUUUUUGUUUUUCAUUAUUGUAAAGGUGACAAUCAUAAACAUUUGUACUCUACAUGUGUUGGCUUCCAGAUGUUGCUGUACUGACAUUCCCUCAUUACGUUUGUCCAAAGACUGCUUCUGCAUUUAUAUACAUAUAUAUAAAUGAAUGUAAAACUUUACACUUUUGUUAGUAUAUGUGACAACUGUGCCUGUAAACUUCCUCUCCCCCCAUUAUAUUAUUGUUUUCACAUUAAAAACUCAUAAACAUUGGCACAGGCCUAACCUCUGCUAGGUGCCUAUAAGGGACGUGCACUUAAAGAGAAACAAAUAACGUAAAGGAAUGAUUGAUUUUGUUUUUCCUUGUAAGGGUAGUGUUGCACUCAUUUCUGAACAAGCGCUGUAUCGCUUUCUCAUCUGCCGUUGUGACGCCGUGUGAAGCUCAGCAGCCGGGUAAUCCUGCUUAGCCUGCAUUUUCCCCACCUUUAGAGGAGAAGCCAGGCGUUUGUUUCCAAAGGCUGCCGUUGGACUGUAAUGGUCUGGUUUCUGGCCAUCGCAACAGAUGUAAAAUAUGUGAGUCACAGGAAGAACUGUAAACAAGAAGGAAUGCGUUGGUGCUGCACACUGUUGAUUGUUUAGAACGUCUCUCUGGAUGCACAAUCAUCCGGUCGGGGAGAAUCCCAGUAAGGCCCCAGCUGCAAAGUUUGACCAGCGGGGGAAACCCAGAUGUUGCAGCCCGAGUCUGCUGGUCAUUCAGAUCCAGCCUCGUCUGAGCUGAAGUGGCUCCUCAUAAGCAGUCGGAUGAAAGACUGGCUGCUUGGAGGACCGGGCCAGGUACAGAAAUUAUCACAGAGACGAACACGGCGCCUGAUUGUGCUCUCCUGCCGCAAUUACAGCUCCUCGCUCCAGGGUGGCGUAAUGGCCUGGAGCUCGCCUCUGUCGAGCAGCCACUCCAUUCCCCCUAAUGUGAUGGAGGCAGCCACCUCUGCUAGCGCAGAGCGAGGAGUCCUUUAAUGGACUGAAACAUGUUGUUUCUUCCCCCUUUAAGCAGCAUAUGAAUAGUUACACCUAUCCCUCUCUAAGCUCACAUAAUAAUGGAUGUCUUUCUUUUUUGUCCACCUUGUUUUGUAUCAGCGCCUCUGUCUGGGAGAUUGUUUUGUGCUGCGGCCUCAUUUAGUAUUCUGACUGUGUGUGUGUGUGUGUGUUUGUACCUGUGAGAGAAUUGGAAAUUGAGCUGUGUAAUGAGUGCUGUGCUUUCCCAGAUAGGACUGCUGAAACUUUAACUUCUUCUGCAGCAGCCCGGCCAAAGAAAACAGCGCUGAUGAAACUCCAAAUGCUUCCUUUUCUUAGACCAACACUCAGUAAAACUGAAUGCACUUGAUUAUUUGACAAUAAGGGACACAAAGAACAUGACUGUUGUGGUUUGAGGCUAUUUUUAAUAAACCGUUUUUCAACCUUA